AUGGAUGAAUCUGCAGAUGUUGAAGCAAUCGGGAGGAAUAUAUCUCCACAAGAUAUUGCACAGACUAUAGUAAAACAACUUCCUUCCUUUCCACCAAUAGUAGAUAAAUGUGAGGUAGCUGGGCCUGGUUUUAUCAAUGUGUAUUUGAAAAGUACUUUUAUAUCAGAGUUGAUAUCUGAUAUUCUAGUAAAGGGGAUACGCCCACCUCCUGUUGAACGUAAAUUAAGAGUAGUUGUCGACUUUUCUUCUCCUAAUGUUGCCAAGGAGAUGCAUGUUGGUCAUUACGAUCAACAUAUAGGAGAAACAAUAUGUCGACUAUUGGAAUUUGCAGGUCAUGAUGUAUUGAGGCUCAAUCAUGUUGGUGACUGGGGAACCCAGUUUGGAAUGUUAAUUGCUCAUUUGAAGGACAAGUUUCCAGACUAUGCUACAGUAUCUCCACCCAUAGAAGAUCUCCAGACACUUUAUAAGGAGUCAAAGAUGAGAUUUGAUGAAGAUGAAGAGUUUAAGAAAAGAGCUUAUUCUCAUGUAGUUCAGUUACAAAGUGAUCCUGAAGUUAGGCAAGCAUGGACAUUAAUAUGUGAUGUGUCACGUCGAGAGUUUGAUAGAAUAUACGAACGUCGUUCAACAAUAACAGAAAGAGGAGAGUCAUUUUAUCAACCUUUGAUGUCAGGUUUAGUAGAAGAUUUAACUAACAAGGGUUUAUUAGCUGUUGAAGAUGGCCGUACUGUGAUGUAUGUACCAGAGUCCGUUCCACUGACUAUAGUAAAAUCUGAUGGUGGUUUUACAUAUGAUACUUCUGAUAUGACAGCAUUACGUCAUCGUAUUGAAACUGAAAAAGGAGACUGGUUAAUAUAUGUAGUGGACUCUGGCCAAGGGUCACAUUUUAGUACUAUUUUUGAAGGAGGUAGAUUAGCUGGUUAUGUUCCAGAUUCCGUACGUCUUGAUCACGUGGGAUUUGGUGUUGCUGGAGAAGAUAAAAAGAAAUUUAAGACCAGAUCUGGCGAUACAGUAAGAUUAAAGGACUUGUUAGAUGAAGGUUUAGAAAGAUCUUUAGCUCGACUUAAAAAGGAACGAGACAAAGUAUUAACUGUUGAAGAAUUGACAGCUGCACAGACUUCAGUAGCUUAUAGUUGUAUUAAAUAUGCAGAUUUAUCACACACAAGAACUAAUGAUUAUAUCUUCUCAUUUGACAAGAUGUUAGAUGAUCGAGGUAACACUGCUGUUUACUUGCUGUAUGCCUACACACGUAUCAGGUCCAUUAUUCGUGUGUCUGGAGUAAGUGUUAGUGAUCUCAAAGAAGCAGCAGUAACCACACCCAUUGAUCUGUCACACGAGAAAGAGUUAAAAUUAGCCAAGUGUAUUGUUCGAUUCCCUGAAGUGUUAGCUGAUGUGAUGACAAACCUCUAUCCACAUACUCUUUGUGACUACUUAUAUGAGUUAUGUACAACAAUGACUGAGUUUUAUGAUGCUUGUUAUUGCGUGGAAAAAGACACAGAGACAGGAGCUGUUAUUAGAGUUGACAUGAGUCGUAUACUUUUGUGUGAAGCAACAAGAAUGGUUCUAUAUCAAGCAUUUUAUAUACUGGGUAUAGAUCCUGUUGAAAGAAUGUAG